AUGUUGGUGCGGUUCCUGAUGCAGCACGGCAUCGAGGGUCUACGACGCGAGGCCAUGGUGGUCUGGAACGAGCAGAGGUACGGCAAGGACCUCAAGACGGCCGAGGACGAGGAAGAUACGGUGGCCGGGGAGCGUCUGCUGGUCGACGACGAGCCGAGCCUGGAGAUGGAAGGGUUCGAGACAACGACGAGGGUGGAGCGGCUCACGUUCCGGGAGACUGCUGUCAUCAGUCUCGAGUUCUGCAUGCUGUGGUUCUUUGCAAACUAUUUUGCGUCGGCGUGCCUCGAGUACACGAGCGUCGGGAGCGUGACGAUCCUCAACUCGACGAGCAGCGUGUGGACGCUCGUCUUCUGCGCCGUGAUGGGGGUCGAGGGGUUCACGGCGCGCAAGUUGAUUGGCGUGCUGGCGUCGCUGACGGGUAUCGUGCUGAUAUCGACGGUGGACCUGUCCGGGUCGAGCGACGAGAACCGCGGGUCGUUCCCUCACAAGACGACGGGGCAGAUUGCCAUUGGGGACCUGAUGGCGUUUGUGAGCGCCAUCAUCUACGGACUCUACGUGACCGUGAUGAAGAGGCGGGUAGGUAAUGAAGAUCGGGUGAAUAUGCCGCUCUUCUUUGGUCUGGUUGGGCUCUUUAACUUGGUGUUCCUCUGGCCCGUCUUCUUCAUCUUGCAUUUCACGGGGAUGGAGCCAUUCUCAUUCCCUCCUACGGCCAAAAUCUGGGCUAUUGUCAUUGGCAACUCGCUGUCGUCCUUCAUCAGCGACAUGUCGUGGGCAUACGCCAUGCUGCUCACGACGCCGCUAGUUGUGACGGUCGGUUUGUCCCUCACGAUCCCGCUGUCGCUCAUUGGCGAGAUGAUCCAGUACUCGCAGUACUCCAGCUGGGUGUACUGGGUCGGCGCGGCUGUGGUGCUCAUCUCGUUUCUAUUCAUCAAUAACGAGAGCCACGAAGACGAGUCGAGCGACAAGAGCCCCGAGGCAGGAUCCCGGGGCAUCUCGCAACUAUAA